CUGCAGAUUUUUUUAUUUCUCUGCAAUUUUCUAUUUAUCUUGGAUUUUACUUUUAUUUGAUUUAGGUUUUCCUAAUUACCUUAGGAACUAGAAGCUAAGCUUUCUUAUAAAUAGUCCUCUAAUGCCUUGUAGAGAGGCAAUUCUCAAACCUUUAAUUCUUCAGUGAAAAGACAGAGUCUCCUUGUUGUUUUCUCUAGCUUCUCGGAAACUUGAGAAACAAGCUUCGUCCGCUUCAUCAAAACCUCUGUUUCUUCGGUAUCCUCUUCUUGUUGUCUCUAGUUUGUCGGGAAACUUGAGAAACAAGCUCCGUUUCGUACUUCCGCUCUACCACUCUCUUAGCAAGUAAUCUCCGUCGAAAUUAUGAGCAGAGAUUUAUCCAGUAAGAAGUGUAAGAUCUCUGCUCACACAUGCGUUUUCUGGGACGUCGAGGAUUUCCAGGUCCCUGAUGGUCACGAUCCUGAUUGGGUUUAUCAGAAAAUCAAAUCAGCUCUUGCGAAAAAGGGUUAUCGUGGUAUUGUGGAAAUUAAGGCUUAUGGUGAGAAGAACAAGAUCCGGGAUGAGUUUCUACUUGCCGGAACCAUUGUUGUACCCGAAGGAGAUAAAUGUGCGAGAGUUUAUAGGAUGAUGAGCGACGUUCUUUUCUGGGCAUUGAACAAUCCUUCAGAUUAUCCUGUACUACUGCCAAAUGUGAUGGUUAUCUCCAAAAACAUCUCACAAGAGGAGGGUUUCCUCAGGGUUCUUCGAAUUUUGCAAUGUAGAGGUUACAACAUUCUCUUAGCAGGUUCUGAUUAUGAUGUCGCAUCACAAAAUGAGCUUCACUUUGUAAGCUCAUUAUGGCUUUGGGAAAGCCUAGUAGAUGGAGGAAAACCUAUCGACCAAACCGGAAGCUCACAAUCUGAUGAGUAGCGCAAGAACGAAAGUAACUACAAUGAUCACUUUUCCUUUAAAUGAUCCCUUGUUUUUUUUUUGUCUUUAACUCUCUGAAGAGUCUUUGGGUUGUGUGUAUAAUAAAAACAUUGACAUUUCAUCUUGUUCUCUGUAUUGGGUUCAAAUGCUCUGCUCGUCCUAAUGAAUUCUUCAAUUUCUCCAAGAUUGCUUAAUUUCAUAACAUGUUUAAUCAAAUUUGUCUCGUGAGAAAAUAUGGGUACCAAGCAGAUCUUAAUCUUUUUUGGACCAACAAGUGACUGGUAAAUGGUCAAGUUGGUCUCUUUUGGUUCAAGUCCUACUUGAUGAUUUCUUUCUAGUCUUUGAUCUGUAGUGUAUUACAUAACCUCCAGCUAAUCAUUUGUAGACCAUUGUUCAUUGCCU